AUCGGUACAGUCGUAGGCAUCGUCGUAGUCGUCGUUGUCGUUGGUGCUGUUGGGUCAGCCCACUGCUUUUUACACUUGGCUCGGACUGACGGACGCACUGGUUGAUUAUUGUGUGCAGCAGCCUUCCCUGUUCUCGCCUUCGGGUCACAGCGGUCCGUUACACCACCACCAUCAACUCGCUCGCACAGCGCACCGCUACCCAAGAAAACCCCCACUGCACUGCGUCGCUGCUGAUCCACAAGCCCACAGGCCACCAUGGCGUCUCUUCUUCCCAGCUUCCUGCGGCCGCAACCGGUCGAAUGCGAGGCAUCCACCUCCGGAUCCUCACACAGCACCGUCUCGCAACAUCAGCAACAACAACAACAGCAAGCAACGUUGGCGCAGCAGCAAUUUCACCCCAUCCCGCAUCUCCCCGGCGAAGGCCGCUUCCUCGUCACCGCCAAGGUCUACUCGCGGCCGAAUGCGGACCCGGCGUUCCAGCGCCAUCUCCAGCAGUUCCGCCGUGAAGUCGAGUUCAGCUCGCCCGGCCUACUCUCGUAUACGACCAGCGUCGUGCGCGGCAAGAACGGCGAUGAGGAAAAUCUCGUCUGCCACGAGCUAUUCAUCAGCGAUGACCUUGAACGGCACGAAGGCGGCCGUCUGGCGCCGCAGGCCGAGGACGAUGAAGAGGAAGAAGACGAGGACGAAGAGGCAGAGGCAGAGCUAGGCGGGGAUCGCUCGACGAUCGUAAAAGCCCUGCCGGAUGCUGGGAAAGCAGCCGUGGACAAGCUCGCGUCCGCGACGCAAGCUGCACAGGAUAAGGCCGCUGAAACGGCCGCCGCUGUCGGCGCCACCUCGAAAGAGCAAGCGGCCGAAGCGGGGAGGACGAAAAAGAAGGGAAAGAAGGCGUCCUUCGUACAAGACCUGGCGCACUCGGCGUAUAACUUUGGCCUCGGCGGCAUCGCCGGUUCGAUCGGCGCGACGCUUGUCUACCCGAUUGACCUAGUCAAGACGCGCAUGCAGAACCAGCGCAGCGCGGUCGUCGGCGAGCCACUAAUGUACAAGAAUUCUAUCGACUGUGUGCGCAAGGUAUUCGCUAACGAGGGCUUCAUCGGCUUCUACCGCGGCCUCGGCCCGCAGCUGAUCGGAGUCGCACCGGAGAAGGCGAUCAAGCUGACCGUCAACGACCUGUUGCGCGCAAAGGCGCGCGACCCGCAGACCGGCGCCAUCUCGCUCCCCUGGGAGCUCCUCGCUGGCGGCGCUGCCGGCGGUUGCCAGGUCGUCUUCACCAAUCCGCUUGAGAUCGUCAAGAUCCGCCUGCAAGUCGCCGGCGAGCUCGCCAGGCAGGAGGGUGGCGACAAGGUCGCGCGCGGAGCCAUCCACAUCGUCCGGCAGCUCGGCCUCGUCGGACUGUAUAAAGGCGCUUGCGCCUGCCUGCUGCGCGACAUUCCGUUCAGCGCGAUUUACUUUCCCGCGUAUGCCCACCUCAAGAAGGACACCUUCCACGAGGGUAAGAACGGCAAGAAACUCGGCUUUGGAGAGAUGCUCGCCAGCGCCGCCAUCGCCGGCAUGCCCGCUGCCUUCCUCACUACCCCCGCCGACGUCAUCAAGACGCGCCUGCAGGUCGAGGCGCGCAAGGGCCAGUCGACGUACAAAGGCAUCACCGACUGCUUCCGCCAGAUCAUGGCGCAGGAGGGCCCACGUGCGUUCUUCAAGGGCAGCAUGGCGCGCGUGUUGCGCAGUUCGCCUCAGUUUGGCGCAACGCUCGUCGCGUACGAGUACCUGCAGAAGUUCCUCCCGUAUCCGUUCGACUCGAGCCAGCACAAAAUCGCUCCGCACAAUACCCGACCAUGGGAGGACCCUGCGCGGGAACAUGCCAGGCGCGCGAUCCGCCUGCUCCUCGAAAUGCAUGAAGACUUUGGAUCAAAGUCGGCACCCAAGGGCUUCAAGGAGCCCGCUUCAAAUUGAUAGAGCGCGGCUACUGCCACCAAUACAUACAUUCUCUGCAGCCUUUCCAUCUACACCGCACUCUGUCAGUUGACGACAAGCCAUCGGAAGGACUGCCCAGCUAAGAGGGCAUCUGGGAAAGAGGGCAAAAUAGAGCGUAGAAACCAACCACGUAUAUAGCUAUGUCCCUGCCACCGAGUCGAUCGCUGCGAACACUCUGCGAAAACUGUUGCUCUCACAUCCGUCCCGCUGCUGGGCGAAAGCCAAAGCGGGCGUCCUCUACAUUCCAUAGACUUUACAAUGGCAAAAGUGUC